CGGUAGUGAGGGUGUUGGGAGUGAGAGAAACGUGAAGCGGAGGAAAAAGAUUAGGAAAAUAAAGUGAAUGCCGGAGAAAUGACGGAAGAAAUGGUAAUAGUGAAAUAAUAAUUAUUGUGAUGAUAUAGAGAUACAAGCAUUGGUGGAUGAAGAAAGAACAACGACAAACCACAGCUUCUAAAACGUUUCUCGCAUUCAGCUCAAAUCUCGCGCAAAAACAAAAUGGCAGUCUCUCGUUUACCGUUCCUGUAAUCCAAUUUUACCGAAUUCAUAGAAAACUCCACUGUCCGAUGGCGUUUCUCAUUCAUUCACCGGAUAUCUCCGCGAUUCAAAUUCUCUCUAACCCUAGUUUUAACUCCAAAGUUGUCAAGAACCUCACGGUCUUGAGAAAUGAUGAGAGGACUGGGUGGAGGGUUAGAGCUAGAGCUCGGGUUGAUGUUAAAAGUUGCGAUGUUAGGGUUUCAGAGUUGAGUCACAACAUGAUGUUAUAUGGUCAAUUUUCGGCUCCGGUGCAGCAGAGUAAAGAGGAAGAGGAGAAACAAGAUUACUAUGUCAACAUGGGAUAUGCGAUUAGGACUGUGAGAGAGGAGUUUCCUGCUCUCUUUCAUACAGAGCUCAGUUUUGAUAUCUACAGGGAUGACAUUGUAUUUAAAGAUCCUCUGAAUACCUUUGUUGGAAUUGAGAACUAUAAAUCAGUCUUCUGGGCGCUGCGGUUCCAUGGAAGGAUAUUUUUUAGGGCUUUGUGGGUUGAGAUCAUCAGCGUAUGGCAGCCUGUGGAGAAUGUCAUAAUGGUACGAUGGACUGUGCAUGGCAUCCCUCGCAUCCCAUGGGAGAGUCGUGGUCGAUUUGAUGGCACAUCUGAGUACAAACUGGAUAGGCAUGGAAAGAUCUUUCAACACCGGGUUGACAAUGUUGCAUUCAAUGCACCUCCAAAAUUUCGGGUGUUGGCUGUGGAGGAAUUAAUCCAAUCUAUUGGUUGCCCCUCAACCCCUAAACCAACAUGUUAUGAAAUCUCAUCCCAAUCUUCAAAGAGGAAACAGAAUUAGUAAAUUUCUUUUUCCAAAUUUUGGUAUGUGAUGGAGUAAAUUUAAAGCUUGAGCUUAUUUGUUAUUAUUGCAUUUGGCUCGGGUUUACAUAUAAUAUUGUAUAAGAUAUGUAUAAAUUUUGUAUAUAUGAAUUAAAAUCAAAAGAAGCUAGAGCUAUUGUUGCAUA